CCGAGGGUGUAUGAGUAAAUCUUCAUAAAACGCAAAGCUCCGGUCACACUGUCUCCGGUCCAGAGCUAAAACCAAAUCCCCUAAUUCAAUUUCAAUCUCGAACCCCCCCCCCCAAGAAACCCUACGACUGCCCCCACUCAUGGAUAUAGCACUCUUCUCGCCGUCCUCCCUCUUCGCCGCCGACGAUGACUCCUCCUCCGAUGGAGAGACGAGGGAGAGCUUCCUUGAUAGGAAUCACCAGUUUCCUGGAAUGGAAUUGCAUAUCCGGGAAUUUGGUUUCCACCAGCUGAAUGCAAACUUGCUCUGGCCUGGUUCUUUCUCCUUUGCUGAUUGGUUAGUCCAGCAUCCCCACUUGAUCCGUAACCGCCGCUGUCUCGAGAUUGGAAGCGGCACCGGUUCUCUGGCUAUAUUUCUUAAGAAAGAGUUUAAUCUAGACAUAACUACUUCAGACUACGAUGACCAGGAGAUUCAAGACAACAUUGCUCAUAACUGUCUUGCAAACAACAUUACCCCUUCUCUCCCCCACAUCAGGCAUACAUGGGGAGAUGAAUUCCCAGCCUCAGUUCCUGAUUGGGAUUUAAUCAUUGCCAGUGAUAUCCUUCUUUAUGUGAAACAGUACCCAAACUUGAUAAAGUCUCUCUCUUUUCUUCUCAAGUCCUAUAAACCUAAAGACACCACCACCAAUCCCGUUAGUCAAGCAGAUUGCAAGCUAAAUGGAGCAGAGUCUGAUCAGCUACCCUGGCCGGUGUUCCUAAUGAGCUGGAGACGAAGGAUUGGAAAGGAAGAUGAGUCUUUAUUCUUUAAUGGUUGCCAAGAAGCUGGCCUCGACGUGAAGCAUCUUGGAAACCGAGUUUAUUCCAUCAACCUACCUUAGAGAAUCCAACCUCCUCUGAAGAAUAGGAUACUACUCCUCUCGAGUCUGGUCUCCUUCGCAGAUUGUUCGCCUCUGAAAUUAGUGUUGCUCUUGCAGCUUAUUUUGAAUUUGCUUUUUCUUUUUUUUUUGGCGGGGGGUGGAAAUGAGAUACAGUUGUAGGAUCAUUUCAAUCUGUUUGUGUCGCUUCUCGUUAGAUUGAACGUUGUAACAAACGUUAUGAUCAC